UCGUCCCACUGCGCCUGCGUCCCAGGGCAUGCUGAUAGGCAUACAGAGCAGCUAUUGUUAGCCGAGGACCGGGCAGCGGCGGCAGGUUGUAUCAGGGCUUAUCCAACUCACCCCCCUACCUGUUGAAUAUUUACACGGUUUAUUUGCAAGCGAGGGCCGAGUCGCUAUCGAACAACCAAGUUAAAGAAGUGGCCAGGUGAGGAGAGGAAAAGUGCUGGUGGCAGGAAGGAAGAAAGGCUUUUAGGGAAGGAGGAAGCAAAUAAAGGACAACACGAACUCAACAGGUUAGCUACUUCAAUGUUAUAGCAGAGGCUCGGAUUUUUUCAUCCCACAUCGAAAAAGAUAACCCGAAAUAAGAAAAAAAAAUGCCGUUGGGACCAUGGAAGAAGAAAAACAAGUCAAAGGAGCAUUUGGUGGAAAACGAGGUGGUCAGCGGCGGGCACACAGGUGCGGGGAGCUUGAGUAAAUCCGCGGUGAAUGGAGCGGGGCUCCCGGCGCCACCUGCCAACCUGCGGCCCAAACUGGUCUUCCACACGCAGCUGGCGCACGGAAGUCCCACCGGCAGGAUCGAGGGAUUUGGCAAUGUCAAGGAGUUGUACGCGAAGAUAGCAGAGGCGUUUAAUAUAAGUGCACCUGAGAUCCUCUUCUGCACUCUCAACACACACAAGAUAGACAUGGAUAAGCUGUUGGGGGGGCAGAUCGGCCUCGAGGAUUUUAUCUUCGCCCACGUUAGAGGGUUAAAAAAGGAGGUAGAAGUCUAUAAAUCAGAAGAUGCUCUGGGCCUCACCAUCACAGACAACGGAGCCGGCUACGCUUUCAUUAAGCGUAUCAAAGACGGCAGCGUUGCAGACAAUGUGAAGGUGAUCUGUGUUGGCGACCAUAUAGAGUGCAUUAAUGGGCAAAAUAUCGUCGGGACGCGGCACUACGAGGUCGCACGCAUGCUUAAAGACCUGCCCAAAGACAAGCCGUUCACCCUGAAACUGGUCGAGCCCAUGAAGGCCUUCGAUAUGCUUGAACCCCGGUCAAAGGGCGCCAAACCUGCCAGUGAAAAUAAGAUUGGCACAGGGAGGGGGACUCUGAGACUCCGCUCUAAAGGUCCGGCUACCGUAGAGGAUGAGCCAACAGAAUUUGAGGAGAAGGCCGUGAAGAAAGUCGAUGACCUUCUGGAGAGCUACAUGGGCAUCAGAGACACUGAACUUGCUGCUACGAUGGUCGAGGUCGGACGCGACAAGAAGAACCCGGAUGAAUUCGCCAUGGCGUUAGACGAGACCCUCGGAGACUUCGCCUUUCCCGACGAGUUUGUCUUUGAUGUCUGGGGCGCCAUAGGAGACGCCAGGGAUGGAAGACUUUAAAUUUGCAGCUGCCUCCUCCCUCAUCGCAUAUUCCACAAACACCCCCCCAAAAUCUUCAUAAUCUCCGAAGUCAACUGGACAAACUUUAAAUAGCACCACCCAGGAGGGGGGUGGAUGCAGUGUCCUGCCCUCUCUUCGUUUUUAGGUGUAGCUUUGCUCUCUGCCAAGGCGUCUUUAAAAGUCAGGUUUAGCGCAUCAGCACUUCUUUUGUGUAAUUGUGUAAAAUAUCCAGUCCAACACUGGACCCAUCUCCGGCCUGCUGACAAGUUGGUGAUUCAUUCCAGAUGUUGUGUAAACCUCAGCAACAGAACAGCUGCAGUUUGAAGCUCACGAUGCAUUUAAGUGUCGUCCUGCAGGGGUCUGUUAAAUGGUACAUGCACAACCUUAAAUUUUAGAGUUUGAUCAUGUUUUAUAGUAGCUGUGUGAUUUUUGAAUGUCCAGAUGUAUUGCACAGCUUUUUAUAGGCUUAUUUUUAUAUGUGGAGGUGCUGCUGAUUUUUACAGCAGCAGCAUUGUGUAAUUAUCAGUCAUAGUGAUUGUAGCAAUACUCCUCUCUCUCUCCAGAAACCUGUUAAAUCGUUUAAAUGAUAGAAAUUUCCCUUACGACACAUCUCGAGCAAUACAGAGAGGACUUUUUACUUCGUACGCCUUUAGAUGACGACACACAUUCCUUAUAUUUCUCUUUUUUUCGUCUUCUGUUAGGUCUGUUCAGCGUUUUUUUUUUCCCCCCUGUAAUUUAUUUUAUAAUAGAAAAAUCAGAUGCUGUAAGACUUUCAAAGAUGUGGCUCGACAUGAAGGCCACGUCCAGAUCAACUUCAGUCUGCGGUCUUAAAUAAAUGCACUUGUAAUAAUGUAACUGCACCAGCUGUCAAAGUGAAUUUAAAUACAGACUGAUUACCGUCAUAUUCUGAUGUUAACUAUAAGGGAUCACUUUUGUUGCAUAGACAAUAAAAUUUUUACUGUUAAUGUGA